CAGUGACAGUCACGCAGUCCCGUGCCGGAUGUCUGGCGGUGCUCGACAAGCAAGUACCCUAAUUGAUUUUAUACUACUUUGUGACGUCCAUUUUAUCGGAGACGUAUACACUCUGUCGUCGUUGGGCGUUAUGAGUGUUUCCCAUCGAAAACCGGACGGAGCUGUACAGUGUUUGUGAUGCCGCGGAAACCUUCGCAGAGAUGACGCCCGUGGGGUGACAGUAGCCUUGACAUAAUGCGAAAGGCGUUUCUGAGACACGUUCGUCGGUUUCCGUGGGUCACCAACGUUACACUGUACGGCUGCCUGUUCGCCGGGGGGGACUACGUCCACCAGCGGUUCUCGCGGAGGGAGAAAGUGGACUGGAGCCACACGAGGAACGUCGCCGUGGUGGCGUUCAGUUUCCAUGGCAACUUCAACUACUUCUGGAUGCGCUUCUUGGAGCGGAGGUUUCCCGGGAACUCCGCCGGGAUGGUGAUGAGGAAACUGUUCCUGGAUCAGACCACAGCGGCGCCCCUGGUUACCAGUGUCUUCUACACAGGUGUCAGCUUCCUGGAGGGCAAAGAGGACAUCAUGGAAGACUGGAGAGAAAAAUUCCUGAAUACAUAUAAGACAGGGCUCAUGUUCUGGCCAUUCAUGCAGUUUCUGAACUUUGCCUUGGUGCCUCUUUACCUGCGGACCAUGUUCACCGGCUGCUGUGCCUUCAUCUGGGCCACCUUCCUGUGCUUCUCACGUCAGAGCGGGGACGGCACGGCCGGUGCUGCUCUGGCAUGGAUGUUCCCCCCCAAAGAGGAGGAAGCAGAAUCCCCCGCAAAGGAGAAAGUAGACGCUGAAGACAAGAUAGUGGCUCCCAAAGACGGGACGGUAGCAUCUAAAUCUACUCAGAACUGAAACAUGCCGAACCAGUCGUCGUUAAGGAGGGAGACAAAACAUGAACAGGAAAACACUGGUCCGAACAGGAUACAGCUGUCCUGUCUCUGGUUGAUGUUGCACUGUCACUGGCAGAGUUUGAGUUUAAAGUCUCACUGGAAUCAAACUAAAAAUGUGACAUGAUGCUGUAAGGUGGUUUGGGAAGCAGCUUCUGGCAAAUGGAAUGUGUGUACUGUAUUUACAGUAUAUUUUUCAAUAUUCACACAGCAUAUUAACUAUUGUUUUUUUAAAUGCAGUCUCGUCUUCUCACAUUUCAAACAAGAGAGUACAGUUAUUCAAUUGGACCGUGCAAGAUAAUAUUGAAAAGCUUUACGAGGACUUUUAUAUCUGGGACGGAAGCUGUAAUGACGGAAAAGUGUAAUGAUGAUGUUCCAGAUUCCUCUGCUUUUCAUCUAAAUGAAAAACUGGAACAACUGUGGGAAAGAAUAUUUUCCACUACGUGGAGCGGCAGCUAACAUAUUAGCUUAGACCUUCAGCUUCAUAAAAUUUGGGCAAAAUCAUUGAAUUUUCACUCUCUCUUUAUUAGAACAAGAGCUUAGAGAGUUUUCUGCAACAGUAACAGGGUGCCUGAUGUCCGAGGACUAUCUGCUUUGGUUCCAGUUUACACUCUGAUACAAGAAGUGCCAAAUACAGAUGCACACCACACAGGUAUCAGUAAUCCGUUGUAUUCUAACAUCCAUCUGUCUAUUAUUAAUGUAUGAGUAGGUGUUUUAUACACGAUGACCAUAAUGCACUGAGCAACAGGACGGACAAAGUGAAAAAAAAAACACACACAUAUCUGAAAAUACAUGUUUGAUUUCCAUAUUUUUAAACCACCGUCCCUUUACAUUUAAAUGUUGUGGUAAUGAGAUACUACUGAAUUACUGAUAACUAUGAGUUUGUCUAAUCAUUUAUGAUUUUUUUUCUCUCAGACAUCCAUAUACUUGAAUGUGGAGAUCCUGCCUGCCUGAUGUACUGUAUGUUAAUGUGAUACUGUGGAGUACUCUCUCUCAGUUUGCCAUUCUAACCCUUUUUUUUUUUUCUUUUUUUUUUUUUAAAUUUUGCCUCUUUGUGAAAAUGUUACUUUGUAGGUUUUACUUGCCAGCAGUGACUCUUGAAAUGUAACGUCAGAUGCCUCCACCAAGCACAGAGGUAAUUUUUAUAAACAGAGUGCAGCUCAGUGCAAGAGCUGCCUGUUCAUUUACAAGGUUUAUCGCAAACUUGUCUCUUCCGUCUCAGGCAGAUAAUUAACAAAAACAUUCAAACCUUUGCAUCAUUCACUUGUGUUCUCAUGUGUUACCAAUAGUCCUGAUGUAUCUAUAGUUUUUUUUUUCUCUGAUGUAGUCUAAAAUGAAGUUUGUAGUUAUGCAGUUUGAAGUAGCAUAUACUAGAGAUGCUGUGUGAUUAUGUUAUUUGAUGGGUCUCAUAGAGCUGAAUUAAUAUUUAGUUAAUAAUACUGCUAUGUAUUUGAAUUUGGGAUACAGAAAAAACAAUUAAAUCACUACUGUAAUUUGAUCAGACUUUUUAAAUUACAUCCUGGAGUAUAUAACUUAAUAUAAGUGCAGUAAAAGAGUGUUGGUUUCUUAUCAAUUAAUUCCCAGAUAUUUGUAUGCUGAUGUGCUGCACGGAAACAAAGGUUUUGAUAUCACAAAGAACAACAACCGGAUCAGUGUUGUUGACUUGUAUUGAAGAAAUGAGUUGAUCACAUUUUGCACUAAAGUUAACCCAACUGUGUAAAUGCUUAAUUGAGAUAGGUACUAUUUAUUGUUGAAUAAAUUGAAAACACCUCUCUGAUUCAGUGUGUUUACUGAGCAAGCAUACAGCUAUAGCAACACAAAAGAAAUCCGCCCUUAAUUAACUUGUGUCACACAUUUGCACCAAGAAGAAUUUGCACCAUUUGCGGUUUUGUGACAUUAAACACACAUGAAUGAUAUUUUGCUAUCAGAGGUGCAUCUUGGGUGUGUUUUGGCCUGUGGUCAGGUAGGAAUGCUACUCAGUCCUAUGUAUGACCCAUCAUUUCGAUUCAACUGCGGGCUCACUCUCCAUCUCUUGUGGGAAUAGAUCCAGCACAAUAUGUACUUUGAAACGCCUGCGUUUUCGC